AUGGCGGAUUUGAAGCUUGUUUUGUUUGGAAUUUUGUUACUGUUUUGUUCGUGUGAGGCGUACAAGAUUUUAAUUAUUUUUCCUGUGCCCAGUACUAGCCAUGGCAUCCUUGGAGACAACAUGGUUAAACAUCUUCUGAAUGCUGGACAUGAGGUUACAUACAUAACUCCUUUUAUUAAUAAGAAGAAGUAUGAUCAUCCAAAUCUGACAAUAAUAGAUGUGUCUGCUAAUGAAGAACAUUUUGAUGAAAAUCUAACGAACAUACAGAUGAUUAUGGAAGGCAAACUUGACUUCAAGGACCCUAUACUAAUGACACAGCUCGCAAUUAUGAUGGCUUCAUCCACACUUGGCAAUCCAAAUAUCCAGAAAUUCUUGAAAGACCCAAAUCAACAGUUUGAUGUCAUCAUUGGAGAAUACAUGUUCUCUGAUAUGUAUUCCGUGUUUCAAGCGGUAUUCCAAUGUCCUUUAAUCUGGUUCUCAACAAUACAGCCGCAUUGGGCGAUUCUGAAGAUGGUCCAUGCACCUCUGAACCCUUCAUACAACAGUGACUAUAUCAUCGGCAAUGUGGCCCCAUUCACCUUUAAUGAGAGAGUUUAUGAACUGUGGGUCCAAUUAAAAGGAUUGUAUUAUCAUAAAUAUAUCAAUCCUGGUCCAGAGGAAAAAAUAUACUCAGAACUCGUAGCGCCAAUUCUGAAAGCUCAAGGAAAGCCAGUACCUAACUAUGAGGAACUCAAAUAUAACGCGUCUUUAGUAUUAGGCAAUUCGCAAGUGGUAUUUGGCAACCCUGUACCUUUACCACCAAACUACCAGCAUAUCGGAGGCUACCAUAUUGAUGAAGAUGUUAAGCCUUUACCAGAGGAUCUGAAGAAGUUAAUGGAUAAUGCCAAAAACGGUGUCAUUUACUUCAGUCUUGGAUCGAAUGUCAAAAGCAAAGACUUGCCGGAGAGCAUGAAAGAAGGUCUCUUAGAGUUGUUUGGAAAACUCAAACAGACAGUUAUUUGGAAAUUUGAAAAGAAUUUGGACAAUACGCCUAAGAACGUGCACAUAGUGCAGUGGGCACCGCAGCAGAGUCUGUUAGCUCACCCAAACCUAGCACUGUUCAUAUCACACGGCGGUCUUCUAUCAGUCACUGAAGCUGUCUACUUCGGCAAACCUUUCAUUGCCAUCCCAGUCUUCGCUGACCAGUUCCUCAAUGCCAACAGCUUCCAGAAGAUGGGUGCAGCUGUUAAAGUGGAUCUUACUUACAAUUUACAUAAGGACUUGGAAGUUGCUUUGAAUAAAGUUCUUCCAGAACUUCCGAAGUACACAGCAAGAAUAAAGGAGAUAUCUGCAGCAUACCACGACAGUCCGAUGAAGCCAAAAGACGCGUUGAACUUCUGGGUGGAGCACGUGGUGCGCACGCGCGGCGCCCCACACCUGCGCUCAGUGGCGCUACUAGUACCGCUUUACCAGCAAGCGUACCUAGAUCUGUUAGCUGUAAUACUGGCAGUUACUGUUGUUAUAUUACUAGUGAUUAGAAGAAUUUUAAGUUUAUUUACAUCAGAGAGUCCUAAACUGAAAAGGAAUUGA